AUGACCGAACACCUGUCCUCGACGAGAGCGAACAGCUGGGCCGUUCCCUCGCACUCGCCCUCAGUCGCUCCCUCGCUCGCACGCCGAACUCCGUACCAGGGCGAGCGGGAACUUCCUCUGCUGAAAAUGGCUAAAUCCCGAGUCGCCCUCCUGUUCCUUUUACUUGCCUGCGUUGGAUUCACUUCCAGUUUCUUCCUAUUUCGAGGCGAAGCGGAAGUGAAAGAGAAAGAAGGGAAUAAUGAUGAUACCAGUGUUAAGGAAAAGAGAGAAAAUAAACACAAGAGUGAAGAUGACGAUGAUUCUGAUGAAGAUGAAGAUGAUGAAGAUGAAGAUGACGACGACGAUGAUGACGACGACGAUGACGAUGAUGAUGAUGAUGAUGACGAUGAUGACGAUGAUGAUGAUGAUGACGAUGAUGAUUACGAUUUUAUGGACGCUGAAUUAUGAUGUAAAAAGUGCAGAGAAAAUUAGAUUACUCAAUAAAUACUUAAGAUUAUAAAGCAA